AUGAGAGCUAUAGUUUUUAUUACUUUCUUAGUUUGUACUUUAGCCGUUGCAUUAAACGAUAUCACUAAAGAUGCAUUGCAAAAAAAUUUAGAAUUUAGAGUAUAUUCAAAUAACAUUAGAUAUGCUUCAAAUCCUGAUAAAAGAUUACCUGGAGAAUUACCAUGGGAUGAAAGAAAAGAAGGUGCUAUAAAAGCGAUCCAAGAUGAAAUUAGCUCAUAUCCAAUUUUGAUCGGGAUUCAAGAAGCUCUUAAUAAUCAAUUAUUAGACAUAAUCAAUGGUUUAAAUCAAGUCUCAAAUAACUGGAGAUUUUAUGGAGUAGGUAGAGAUGAUGGUGAAACUGCCGGGGAAUAUUCAGCUAUUAUUUAUAAUUCAAAUGAUUGGAAUUUAUUAAAUGGUACUUAUAAAUGGUUGAGUCAAACUCCAGACGUUCCUUCAAAAUAUCCGGGAGCAGCAACUAAGAGAAUUGUAACUAUUGCAACUUUUGAACAUGUUCAAUCUGGAGUUAAAGUAAAUUUCUUGAAUACUCAUUUAGAUCAAAAAUCUCAAGAGGCUAGAGAGUUUAGUACUGAAUUAAUUAGUUCAUAUAUUGAAUCAAUUCCAAAUGAUUAUCCUACCUUUUUAUCUGGAGAUUUUAAUUCAAAGAGUACUGAUGUUGCUUAUAAAACAAUUGCAGAGUUAUUAAAAGAUUCAGCUACCGUAUCAUACGCUACUUACAAUGAUAAUUUACAUACUUAUUCUGGAUUUAGUGGUCCUCAAGGGGAUAAUAUUGAUUUUAUUUGGUCUCCAAACAAUACUAAUUCUGUUGGAGGUGUCACUGCUUAUUCACAUAUAAUUAUUGACAAUUUAUAUAAUGGAACUUCCAGAUUUAGUGAUUAUAGACCAGUUUUAGCACAUUAUGAAAUUAAAUAUUAA